GGCAAAAAAUCAUCAAUACCAACAUCAGCAAGAACUCCUUUCCUGUGCAGAAAUUUUGAACAAUCGAAACUCCGAAUAGUAAUCCUUUCCUUGGUCAGCGCCAAAUCGCCGGGGCUCCUCUUCCCAUUCAGGCGGCGUCCACCGACAGUCUCGGAUUGGUGUUGCAAGAUCUACGCCCCGAUCUCCGAUUGCGUCUCCGCUUCUCGACCGCCGUAACGCGGUCGUCUUCUCCACCUCCUCCGAGCUUCUUUGUCUUCGCCUUUUGCCGACAUUUGGCCAAUCUCUUGCCGGUGAACGAUUUCGGAAAUCGUCCGACGGUCCGAUCGCUUUUGCCGGUGAAGGAAAGUUCUUUGGUUUUUGGUUUUUGUUUUUACUUUUUUCCCUCAUUGUGGACUUUCAUCGAACACCUGGCGAGCUUCACCUCUUCUCUUCUUUGAGAACAUCACACGUGGUAUAACCCAGAAUCCCAUUUAGCCCACGUGUCGCUGAGACCCCACCCCCUUCAAAGUCCAUAGCUCCUUUUCUCCUCCUCCAUCUGAUUCUGAUUCUUCACCAUCAAAAUCCCACCUUAAAACACUACAAAUUACCAUAAGAAGGAAAAAAAAAAAAAAAAAAAACCCAAUGCAACGCCUCAAUGUCCAGAGAAGUAAAACAAUCUUGUCCAAUCUCAGAAGGAGCCUCCACCAAAAGCCCGACUUCGAAAAAGUGGGAUCCUUGGCCUCCCUCCUCGAUUCCCGGUCUGUCGUCCGCUUCCGAGGCCCCGACACCCUGAAGUUCCUCCAGGGCCUCCUCACCAACGACGUCGUUCGGGGAUUCGGCGGCGUCGGAGGCGAGGCACGGGCUCCGCUCACCCCUAACUUGGCGGUGGCGUCCGUACCACCUAUGUACGCGGCCCUUCUGACGCCGCAGGGCAGGUUCCUGUACGACUUCUUCCUCUACCGCCCGCCCACGCCCCGCGAGAAGCUCGACCCGAGUGGCUCCCGACCCGGUUCGGACGACCCGGAUGCGCCGUUUGAGCUGUUGGCUGACGUGGACGCCUCCGUCGCUGAUGAGCUCUUGAACACAUUGAAGAGAUAUCGGUUGAGGUCUAAGGUUGAGAUUGAAAAUGUGGGGCAAGACUUCUCCUGCUGGCAGCGUUACGGAGGGAACCUUUCCAAAACUCCCCCACAUGUAAAAGAACCUGAGGCUGCUAGCGUCGGCUGGGGCUCUGGCGUUGACCCUGCUGCGGUGUCGUCUUCUCGCGGGAAUAAUCAUGGUUGGCAGUGGUUUAAAGAUCCUAGAUUAGAUUGCCUUGGUUUUAGGGGGAUUUUUCCUUCCAAUACAACUCCACCUUUGGUUGAAGCUGAUAAAGAAACCGAUGAAAACAAUUUUGUAUUGUGGAGAAUAGAAAAUGGACUUGCGGAAGGCUCAACUGAGAUCCCAAAAGGUGAGGCAAUCCCUCUUGAAUACAACUUGGUGGGUCUAAACGCAAUAAGCUUUGACAAAGGUUGUUAUGUUGGCCAAGAGCUUGUAGCUCGGACGCACCACCGUGGGGUCAUUCGCAAACGUUUACUUCCUUUAAGAUUUGUUGACAACAAUGGAGAAGAAGUGGAGCAGAGAGUUUCUCCUGGAUCAGAAGUUGUGGAUCCCGAGUCUGGCAAGAAAGUCGGCACUGUCACAACUGCACUCGGGUGUCGGGGACUGGGCGUCUUACGCCUGGAGGAAGCCCUCAAACGGUCAGGUGGAUUGAGCGUACGAGGACAGAAGGAUGUGAAGGUUGAGACUUCAAGACCAGAUUGGUGGCCAACUGAAUGGUUUCAAGAAUAUCAGCAGCACUCUGCAGUUGCUUAAAUAAGCUUCAGUUUUGCUGAAUGAUUUUGUCUUGUUUCUUUCAUUCUUUACUCUAGUGGCAACCCAAAAAUAAGUGUAGGCUCAAAAGAAAGAGAAAAUGGAAUAAAAGGAAGUUAAUAAAGCAAUCUACUUGUAUAAUGUUCUCACAAA